UCCCCCGAAUUAUCCCCGGCGAGCACGAGCAGCAGCCCCGGCCUGGCCAGCCAUGGAGGACUGGCUCUUCUACUCGCUCACCGCGCUCCUCUGCCUCCUCUGCUCGCUGCUGCUGCGCGCCCGGGCCCAUGGGAGCACGUCGCCGCCGCUGCCGCCGGGUCCGACGCCGGUGCCGGUGGUGGGCCCGCUGCUCUUCUUGGCCCGCCGCGACUUCGACCUGGAGCCCCUGCUCCGGCGUCUCGCGCGGGAGUACGGCUCAGUCUUCACGUUCGCGCCGCUGGGGCCCGCGCGGCCCACCAUCUUCGUGGCCGCCCGGGGCCCGGCGCACCGAGCCCUCGUGCAGCGCGGCGCCGCCUUCGCCUCCCGCCCGCGCGCCACCGCCUCGGGCGCCGUGCUCACCAGCGGGGGGCGCAACGUCAGCUCCUCCCCCUACGGCGCCACGUGGCGCGCGCUGCGGCGGAACCUGGCCGCCGGCGUGCUCAACCCGGUGCGCCUCCGCGCCUUCUCGCCCGCACGGCGGUGGGUGCUCGACGUCCUCUGUUCUCGUCUCCGCGGCGACGGCGGCGAUGGAAAAACCCCGGUCGCCGUGAUGGAGCCGUUCCAGUACGCCAUGUUCUGCCUCCUCGUGUAUAUGUGCUUCGGCGACCGCCUCGGCGACGCGCGCGUCAAGGCCAUCGAGGCUACACAGCGGGAGCUCCUCGGCAACUUCCUCAGCUUCCAGGUCUUCUCCUUCCUCCCAGCGGUCACCAAGAUCGUGUUCCGCCGCCGGUGGGAGAAGCUCGUCUCGCUGCGGCGGCGACAGGAGAAGCUCUUCGUUCCGCUGAUACAAGCUAGGAUGGAGGCCGGCGCCGGCGGGGACUGCUACGUAGACUCCCUGGUAAAGCUGACCAUCCCCGAGGACGGCGGGAGGGGGCUCACCGACGGUGAGAUCGUGAGCCUCUGCUCCGAGUUCCUCAGCGCCGGCACCGACACCACGGCCACCGCGCUGCAGUGGAUACUUGCGAACCUGGUAAAGAACCCGGCGAUGCAGGACAGGCUGCGGGAGGAGGUGGCCGGCGCCGUUGGGGAAGACGGCGAGGUGCGGGAGGAUGAUCUGCAGGGGAUGCCGUACCUGAAGGCCGUGGUGCUGGAGGGGCUCCGGCGCCACCCGCCGGGGCACUACGUGCUCCCGCACGCGGUGCCCGAGGACACGACGCUGGACGGGUACCGCGUCCCGGCCGGCGCUCCGGUGAACUUCGCGGUGGGGGACAUCGGGCUGGACGAGGAGGUGUGGGACGCUCCCUCGGAGUUCCGUCCGGAGCGGUUCCUGCCCGGCGGCGAGGGGGAGGACGUGGACCUGACGGGGAGCAAGGAGAUCAAGAUGAUGCCGUUCGGGGCCGGGCGGAGGAUCUGCCCCGGCAUGGCACUGGCGCUGCUGCACCUCGAGUACUUCGUGGCCAACCUCGUGAGGGAGUUCGAGUGGCGCGAGGCCGACGGCGAGGAGGUGGACCUCACCGAGAAGCUCGAGUUCACCGUCGUCAUGAAGCGGCCGCUCAAGGCCAGGGCUGUGCCGCUGCGGUCGCCGCCCGCUCCCGCCGUCGCAGCUGCUUGAUCAGGCUGGUUGAUUGAUGCAGUGUUCUCUUCUCCUUACCAUGGCAAUGAUCUGGCAAGAGUGCUUCUCUUUGUUCAUGCCAUUCAAUUACAUAUGAUCCGCGAUCAGGUCAAUUGAUUUUCUCUUCUUCUUUUGGGUACUUAGGUAAGCUAAUGCUGCACUAGUGUGUAUUUGUGUACAAUAAGGCGCCAAUUAGUAAAUAUUUAGUGAAUUGAACUCAAAUUAAGACUGAAGUAUCAAGAACAUUAGUGUCUAUGACACUGUGCUUUGUGUGUAUGAUUUGAGAAGAGGACUUUAUCACUAUACGAUGGGAGAGAGAGUGUAUGAUUUGAGAGAUUUUUUGGGUUCUGAUGCGCUGCACAAUGGAUUUGUACACUCUGCAGCUACAGAAUGGGAUGUGCUCCUCCUCUUGUUGAGGUUCCUCCUCUCUCAAAUGGUGCUGCAAUAACAUUUGCUAUCGUGUUAACUUAGUCCCUGCAGCGUACAAGCGUGUGCCAUGAACUUGUUCUUCUUCAAGAUAAAAUGUUUAGGCCCCGUUUGGAACGCGGGAUUUCUAUAGUGCCUCAGUUGCUGGCCUCAGCGUACAAGCGUGCAUGCCAUGCCAUGAACUUGUUCUUCUUCUGCAAUAACAUUUGCUGGCCUCAGUUGCUUGA